CGGCAACCUUUGGCAGUAUAGGUUUAGCCGACAGUUCCAUUAGUGAUCCUUGGCGGGUUAUUUUAAAUACUUUUAUGCAGUGAUGAGAUAAAAUUGAUAGGACACUUUGUUGUUGGGUGAAAGUUUUGUGCGAUGACCAACGUUGAAAACGGAAACAGCAAGGUGCAUGGCCUCAGGAUAACCGACUUGACCGACUUGGAAAGUGGUGGAAAAGUAGCCGGUGCAGAAAACACAACAGACGCAAUCACGCUACGUCGGCGUAAAUUUCGCGUACGAAGGCCGCUAUAUGUUUCGCUAUUACGCGCAGCGAUCAUGAUAUUAAUUUUGUCCGGACUGGUCGCCUUUGCUGCACUAUUAUGGAUUUACCUGGGAUGGAUGUUCGUACUGCAAUUGCUUAUUGUGAUAGUUAUCGUUUACUUCCUAUUUACGAAAAAGUACAAAUGGUUUUAUGUGGCUGCGAUGACGGCACCCCGCGAUCUCUUCGCAUUAAUGGGAUAUAUCAAAAUUUUGUUAUACAUGAGAAGACAAAAUAAGAACAACAACACAGUUGCUGAUGUAUUCAGAGAGUAUGUUGCGAAACACCCGAACAAAACUGCUAUCAUUUUUGAAGAUGAAGAGUGGACAUUUGAAGAGGUGGAGGAGUACAGCAACAAAAUUGCUAACAUAUUCAAAAGUCACGGCUACAAAAAGGGCGAUGUGGUUGCACUAUUCCUAGAAAAUAAGCCCGAAUUUGUGUGCAUUUGGCUGGGAUUAUCAAAGCUGGGCGUUGUCGUGCCUUUAAUCAAUACAAACCAAAGACUAUCACCAUUAGUGCAUUCCGUGACGGUGUCUAAAAGUCAAGCCGUUAUUUUUGGAACCGAAUUAUCCUAUGCCGUUUCUGAAAUACUCGAUAAAAUAGAAUCUUCGGUGGCACUUUAUGAAGUAAGCAGCGGCUCGUCUAAGCAUCUUACCGACAGUACGGAUCAGAGAUUUCAAAAUUUGAACGUGCUUCUUAAAGAAGCGCCGUCAACGCCACCUGUGAUAAGCGAGGAAUGUUCUCAUCAUGAUAGUUUAUUAUAUAUUUACACAUCUGGUACUACAGGUUUACCUAAAGCAGCUGUUAUUUCCAACUCGAGAUAUAUAUUUAUAGUUGUUGGCAUUCAUUAUGUUGGAGGAUUUAGAUCUAGUGAUCGUUUCUACACAUCUCUCCCUUUGUACCAUACAGCAGGAGGUUGCAUGGCAAUGGGGCAAAUGUUACUCUUUGGUUGCACUAUAGUGUUACGUAAAAAAUUUUCGGCAUCUUCUUACUUUACGGAUUGCAAAAAGUACAAUUGCACGGUAGCACAAUACAUCGGUGAAAUGUGCAGGUAUAUCCUUGCUGUACCACCGAAACCGUCAGAUACGGAUCAUAGUGUAAGAUUAAUUUUUGGAAACGGUCUGAGACCGCAAAUAUGGACGGAAUUCGUGGAAAGAUUUCAUAUUUCCAAUGUGUCCGAGUUUUAUGGUGCGACUGAGGGCAAUGCUAACAUAGUUAAUACAGACAAUACGGUCGGUGCUAUAGGAUUUGUUUCGCGAAUAAUCCCUCAAAUUUAUCCCAUCGCGAUAAUAAAAGUGGACGAAACCACAGGAGAGCCGAUUAGAAAUUCCAAGGGUUUUUGUAUUGCGUGUAAACCCAACGAACCUGGUGCUUUCAUAGGGAAAAUUACCAGUAAUCCAUCUAGAGCGUUCCUUGGUUAUGUCGACAAAGCUGCCUCAGAGAAAAAAAUUAUUCACAAUGUGUUCAAAAAGGGAGAAUCAGCUUUUUUGUCUGGUGAUAUUAUUACUUCGGACGAAUUUGGAUAUUUAUUCUUCAAAGAUAGAACAGGAGAUACCUUCCGAUGGAAAGGGGAGAAUGUAUCCACGUCAGAAGUUGAGGCUGUGAUGAGUAAUGUGACCGCGUAUCGAGAUGUUGUAGUAUAUGGUGUCCAGAUUCAAGGUCAGGAAGGACGAGCUGGAAUGGCAGCAAUCUUAGACCCCGAGCACACCUUAGAUAUUAACAAAUUGCCAAACGAAAUUAGUCACGUGCUUCCCACUUACGCACGCCCAAUAUUCGUACGAAUACUGGGCAAAAUGGAUAUGACUGGUACAUUCAAACUUAAAAAGAACGACCUCCAAAUUCAGGGAUUUGAUCCUACCGCGACCAGUGAUAGUAUUUAUUAUUUAAACAAUGGACAGUACACAUUAUUAAACAAGGAAUCCUAUGAAGAUAUAAAUCGUGGAAAAAUUCGGCUAUAAUUUAAGUUAUUUAUAUUUUAUAAAAGAACUGAAUGUAUUUUAGUGUAGCUGAAGUUUUUUGAAAGCUUAUAGUGGCUUGGGUUGGGAGUAAAAUUGUGCUUUCAAAUGAUACUAUCGUAAUUAUUUUUUAUACUGUAAUAUUCUUACACUGGAUUCAAAUUUUUAUACGAAUUUGUACUUAUAAAAGUUAUAUUUUGGGUAUAGAUCGUUAGUUCUAAUUAUAAAUAUAUUUAUGUUUGUUA